UUCCAUCUACUGGUAUUUACCAGUAUAUAACAAGUAAUCCUAACAAUGUUCUCGAAAAUAAAAUAUUAUUUAUCGAUGGGACAACAGAUGAAAAGAUAACUUUCGGUGAAUUCAAAAGUAAAACAAAGAGAUUUGCCGCGGGACUACAGGAUAAAGCUGGAUUUAAACGAGGGAAUGUUUUGGCGAUCGUUUCGCCUAAUCAGGUUGAUUACUGUGUGAUAGUAUUUGGUGUAAUCGCUGCUGGUGGCAAAGUUGUUCCUGUGAAUCCGAAAUAUAGUAUCCCUGAAUUGACAUAUCAAUUAUCCGCCUCUGGAGCCUCUAUAAUAAUUUCCCACCCUUC